AUGCGCCAGGUCAUCUUGCCAGUCAAGGCGUAUGAGCCUCUCAAGCUGGAGCUGGAGCGCAAGGAUAUGGUGCUGCAAUCGGCAUUGGCAGAGCAUUUACGAGCAUCGCUCAAUGCCUUUGCAAACCAUCUCAUUCGCAUUUGGAUCAAUGAUGGUCGGGACGAGGAGCUGAUUGGCUACCUCAUGGCGCACCACAUGCAAACGGAGGAGUCACCAGGCACCCUCUUCCGUGGCAACACACUUGUAACCAAGGUUAUGGAUCAGUACAUGAAGUUUAUUGCCAUCGAUUAUUUGCAGGAUACGGUGGAGCACUGCAUUGUGGAUAUUUGCGAUGAGAAGCGCUCAUUUGAAAUGGACGAUUCGCGUGGCGGGCGCCCAGCCGAGAGUGCCCGCAUUCUCAAGACUCAUUGUCAAAACAUUUGCAACUCCAUCUUUGCAUCCGUUGAUCGGUGUCCACCACCGCUCCGCCGAGUCUUUGGCGUGUUGCAACAACAGGCCAAGAAGCGCUUUCCAGGAGAUGCUCAUGUCCAAUACACAUCAGUGAGCGCCUUCCUCUUUCUGCGGCUUUUUUGCCCCGCGAUCAUCAACCCCAAGCUGUUCAAUAUGAUGUCUGAGCAUCCUACGGACACGCUGGCACGCAACUUGACGCUUGUGGCCAAGGUCAUUCAGAACCUUGCCAACAUGGCGGAGUUUGGUCAGAAGGAGGCCUUCAUGCAGCCAAUGAACGAGUUUAUCAUGCUCAAUCGUGGUAAAAUGCAAACCUUCCUCAACAGCGUCUCCUCCAGCACCCGAGGCGAACAUGAGGUGAAAGUGGCUUCAGCCUCGCGUGACUUGGCUGCUGUGGCGCGGAUGUGCAGCCAAACCGACAAACUCGAGACCGUCUUGGACUCUUACAAGGUGCAAUCGCCGCUCGUGAGCAUCAUCCGAGCUUUAGAAAGCAAGAACAAUGCGUAGUCCUGACCCCCCUCUUUUGUUUUCAUUCUGUUCCAUACACUUGCUGCUUGUUUCUCCUUCUUUCUUGUUGAAUGAAAAAUUCAAGCUGCCCGCC